AGGUUGAUGACAGAAAAGGACCUGCAAGUGAAUCCUAAAAUAAUCACCAAGCUCAAAUAAGAAACCAAGAAGAAGAAUCAAAAGCCAGAUUAAUUUUGGAAACUCUGAGAGAUACGAGAUGGAUGAGAAGGAGGAACCCAUGAGUUUUUCAGAAGCUGUAAGCAAGGCUGCCAGUGCAAUAUAUCGUUUUCCUUUAAUAGAGGUGCAGGGCGUCCCCCUCAGGAGCUGGAUCGCCAACAGCUGGAGCCUGAUUUCAGCCUUCCAACCAGAUCCAUCUGAUUUACUCAUCGCUACCUACCCCAAAGCAGGAACUACCUGGACUCAGGAGAUUGUGGAUCUGCUGCUGCAUGACGGAGAUGCCGAGGUUUGUAAGCGAGCACCUACUGAUGCACGCAUCCCAUUCCUGGAGAGCCAAUAUCCUCCACCAAUUCCUUCAGGUCUGGACCGACUCAAAACGAUGAAACCUCCUAGAGUCAUCAAAACACACCUGCCCAUACAGCUAGUGCCUAAAGGAUUCUGGGAAAAUAAAUGCAAGGUGAUUUAUGUGGCUCGAAGCGCGAAGGACAACCUGGUCAGCUAUUACCACUUUGAUCUAAUGAAUCAGAUUCACCCUGAACCAGGUCCCUGGGACCAAUACAUCCACAAGUUCAUGAGGGGAAAAUUGCCAUGGGGCUCCUGGUACGACCAUGUGAAAGGAUACUGGAGGGAAAAAGAAAACAGGAACAUCCUCUACCUGUUCUUUGAGGACAUAAAAGAGAACCCUCGUCGAGAGAUAUUAAGGAUCAUGCACUACCUGGACUUGUCAUUACCUGAAGACAUAAUUGACAAGAUUGUGCAGUUGACAUCUUUUGAAGUGAUGAAGGACAAUCCAAUGGUUAACUACACCUUCAUUCCAAAUACAAUGUUUGACAGUUCCAUCUCUCCCUUCAUGAGAAAAGGUGAGGUUGGUGACUGGAUUAACCAUUUCACCCUGGCUCAAUCCGAAAUGUUUGAUGAGGACUACACAAGACAAAUGUCGGAUGUGGACAUUCCCUUUUGCACCAGCAUAUAAUUUAAUAACAUCACCACUGAGCACAGCUUAUACAAUUACAGACGUGAUGUUAUUUGUGAUAUCACAUGACCUCACACUUGCUUUAUUUCACAAAGUCAAUUAAAGGAAAAAGCAAAGGAACCAAAACUACUAAAAUAUCUAUUAAAGAGAUGUAGUUCCUUAA